AUGCGUCAACCAAGGGAGUAACGGUGGUUGUCGAGAUUGCUUCACUUUGAAAUUCCGUUAUCCGCUGAAAGACUUGACUAUCGUGUUGAAAGUCCCAACCUAAUUGGGGCAUGAUCUGGGUGUGCUUCCUUGAGAUAGGAUGUGUUUGCAUCCGUUUAACCGCUUUGUGAGCGCCUCACACCAAGUGCGCGCAAACAGACGCCUAUUCGAUGCGGAUCACCCUCAUACCCGACAACACGGUCUUGAUCUUCGUCUUCUGCUGAAAUAGCGCCGUCGAUUCUCCAGUGUGUCCACUGACUAUACGGCUGCGAUGUGAACGCACCAGGCAUCAACGCUCCGAGACCGGAAAUGACGUCAAAAGUGCACCUCGGAAAGCUGGCAUCCGUGGAUUCAGGUACACACCAUCAGUAUCAUCAUCAUGCACAGUAAUCUUCAGAGCCUGGAUCAUGUGAAGACGUUGAAGAGGAAAAGAUUGUGGUUCAGGCUACUACUGGUGUUCCUGUUCUUCCUUUCCUGUGUUACUUCCUACUUCAUAUACCCUGUUAUAUCAAGCUACGAAACAUCUCCAAACAGCAGCAUGUUGCAUUGUGACAGCUUGCACAUGCAGCACAAGUGGGAGAGCCUCCAUCUAAACAUUAGCAGGCUGUCACAUCUCUUUCUAAAAGCGGGGGAUUUCUUCUGGCAAGAACAUCCCUCAGAUCAGGCUUUACCUUAUGGCAUUAAGGGCAGUGAGCAACUGCUGCUGAAAAUUCUUUCAAUUAUCAACCAAAAUGAGCCAGAAGACAUUGACCUGGAAUGCAGAACCUGUGUCGUCGUCGGGAAUGGGUUUUCCAUUAUAAACACUUCUCUGGGGGGUGUGAUCGACAAGCAUGACGUGAUCAUUCGGCUGAAUGACGCUCCAGUAAGGGGCUAUGAGGAGGACGUGGGCCACAAGACCACCAUGAGGCUCUUCUACCCGGAGUCCGCGUCCAACAACCCAGGCCUGAAUAACAACCCUGAAACCCUGAUGGUCAUGGUGCCUUUCAAACAGCAAGACCUCCUCUGGCUCAAAUCCAUCGUCAACAAUGAGAAAAGGGUGAGGAAAGGCUUUUGGAAGCUUCCUCCCCUGAUAUGGCUGGGUGAUAUCAGUAAACUCAGAGUGCUGGACCCCUACUACUUCCACCAGACAGCAGACCGACUGCUGAAGAUCCCCCUACCUUUCAAGCCUGGGAAGACAGUGCAACCGACCACAGGGAUGUUGGCCAUUUUUGUGGCUCUAAACUACUGUGAUGUGGUUCACGUUGCUGGUUUCGGAUACCCCUCAUUCAAAAACCAAAAUGAUCAAGUCCACUACUAUGGACACGAUACAAUUAAACAGAUGAAGGUUUCUCCACAUAAUGUCAGCAAUGAAGCGGGUGCCUUAAAAAUGAUGGAGGAUUUGGGUGCCAUUGUUUACCUGCAUUCACAUUCGUGACACAGAGGGUUAACCCUAACCCUUAACUUCAGAACCGAUUAACUCUUUGAGCUUACACUUAACUUUCUGUUGGAUUCAUCCAUGCAUCAUAUUAAUUGGCUUUUGGAUAACACCCAGUUGACAGUUUAAGUACCGGUACUCUAAUCCUCAUUUUUAAUAACCUGGUAUGCAAUUUAAUGGUAUAAAAAACGUUUUUUGGGUCUUAGUCUUGCCUGACCAAUUCAGAUACGUUAUUUACAUUGGGCUUUAUCACAGUAACAACCUGUUGCAGGUAAGAAGUUUGAGAUAUUAAAUGUGUGUUUUAUGUAUUGAAUGUCUGUGUAGACAAUCAGAUUCCAAUCAGAAAAUGUUGUCAAUCUGGAAUAGCUGAUUUUAGGGUGUUGCAUUCAGAUCUUACAUGCUGAGGUUAUAGUCGGGUACACUGUCGAAAACUGCAUUGUCUGCUUGUAUUGAAAAUACACCUAAAAUUGUCUGAAAAAAUGGCGGUCUACCUACCUCAGCUGGAUGCCUGGUACCGCCAUCGGUCGCACAACAAAGUCCCAACUCUUCUCUGUUUCGGAACCGCAAUGGUGGAACGAGCACCCUGCCGAUGUCAGGACUGCAGAGUUGCUCACCAGCUUCCACAAGAGUAUCAAGACUACCUUUUCAGAGUUAAUCUGGACUCUACAAAGCCUUCCUCCUUACCUGCCUCCUCCCUUACUCUCUGAAAAACACCCCAGGCACUUAAAGAACCUUAUCCUAUACCUAUCUUUGUUGAAUACAGGGAAUGGAUUAACCAAGCAAUUGUUAAUGCUUGGCACUUGUUCUAUGAACAUCCUUACCGUACCGACAGCGAUAUAUUGUUGUUUCUCUUUCUUGAGUCACUUUGGAUAAGAGAGUCUGAUAAAUGCCCUGAAUGUUAAUAAAAUGUAAAUGUACCUUUAGGCAUCCUUGUGCAAGACCCCUGCUUGCACCUUAAAGUGUAAUUCCGGCAAAAAUUGAACCCAGGGUCUUUAUCGGCAUGAAAACCAAUAAAAUAAGCCCUCCAGACACUCAUUUUCAUUGAUAAUCGAGUAUAGAGCUUGCCCAAAGUUGCCCGGAGCAAUGUAACAGCCCAAACAGCUUCCAUCUUCUUGGCUAGGGGCACAGCGUACGCACAACGUAAUUUUUUUUAACUUCUAAUAUUGCUCAAAGAAUAUAGCACCAAACCUCUGCAAUAGCAUGAUAAGGGUCCCUACAUAAAACAAAGCAUCAACAACUUAAGGUGCACUCACACUAGGCCAUUUGGCCGUGGCCGUGUGGCCGUUUUCACACCUAACCGUGCUCAAAUGGCCCCAUUGUUCUCUGGCCUGCACUCACACUAGGCCAUCUGGCCGUGGCCGUUGGCCGUCGCAGCUGUGGCCUGGAGGCUCUUGUAAAUACGUCAUCACGUCGUAACACGUCAUCACCAAGCGUCCGCUGCAUGGACCAUAAUAAAGUCUGCCGCCAGUCAGAGUUUUAACAACAAUGGAUAACAACACAGAGAACACAUCAACAGUUUGGCGCGACGCGAUGACGCGAUGUUUACCGUUUAAUGGGAAAGAAGGCUCGUCGCCUUAAUUAUGUCCGUGAUCGUCGCAUUGAGUAUACGUCAUCCAGCUCAGGUUGCGUAGCCGUGCGUGUGCGCGUGUCGGCUCAUUAGCAUCUGUACCGUAGCGGCCCGUGCCGUAGCAGCACACCUCUCCCAAAUGGCCAAAUUGAGCCGGCCUGGCCAGACUGGCCACACUCACACUGGCAGAUUUGAGCACGGUUAGGUGCUAAAACGGCCACGGCCAGAUGGCCUAGUGUGAGUGCACCCUUAGUUAGCGUAUUGGGCGUUUAUCAAAAAAUAUGGUUUUCCAAGUCUGCCUUACCGGUAGGUCAAUUUUCCAGGAAGUCCACACAGGUCGAUUACCGGCUACAGUAAAUAAAAUAAUAGACGCACCAACAAAUUUAAAACAGCCAAGUAUCAGGAGGGAAGAUUUUUAAGUUAAAUUUGUUGGGGCCUCUAUUAUAUUAUUUACGGUAGCUGGUAAUCGACUUGUGUGGACUUCGUGGAAACAACAGAAGUUGUUAAUGCUUCGUUUUAUGUGUAGGGACCCUAAUCAUGCUACUGCAGAGGUUUGGUGCUAUUUGAGCAAUAUUAGUGGUUAAAAAAUGCAGAUCUGGAAGUGUUCGCUGUUCCCCUAGCCAAUAACAUGGAAGCCAUUUGGGCUGUUACAUUGCUCCGGGCAACUUUUUGCAAGCUCUAUCAACGAAAAAGAGUGUCUGGAGGGCUUAUUUUAUGGGUUUCAUACCGAAAAAGACCCUGGUUAAAUUUUUGCCGGAAAUACACUUUAAUGACAUGUCUAAAAGACACGAAAGACCACUGAGAUAAAAGCAUCCUCAAAAUGGUAAUAAAAAGCCUGGAUGUAGUUGUGAGAAUUAACUGGAAUUUCCGGCUGUAAAAUAAGCAAAGAUGUGUAUUUAUUUGAAAAAAUUGACUUUCCCGAAUUUCAGAAGUAUUUUUCACAAUUGACUUGGGCUAUGGGUUUUCUUCUUUAUAUGUAUAUAUCAAAAUAAAUGUCUAUGGCGCAGUUUUAGUUUAUUGAAUUUGACAAUAACACUGAAAUUGCAUUUAUUACAAACCUUUAUCAUUCCUCUGGAUAUUAUUAUUUGUCACUCAUACGCUACUGAAUUUGGGACUGUUUUCUAAACACCAAACCGUUGGAAGAAGGGACAGCAAUUAUGCAAAAUAUGCAGAAAUAUGCCUAUUUUGCAGACCUCAGACUUUUGACUAUUUAAAUAUCAUUUUUUCAUGUUUUUGGGGAUAUUUGGGAAAUUGUACUGGAUAUAUUACAUGUAUAUUCUUAAAUAAAACUUUUUAAGCAUUUGAGAUUUUUUGUCCUAAUAAACGAAGCUUUCAUGUCCAUCUUAAAGGGAUGCUUCACCCAUUCAGAACAGGAUUUCUAUCUUUAUGAAAUUGCAAUUGAAAAAAUAUAUAUAUGUUUUUUUUUCCCUCAGUCUAACCCAGUCUUCCCUUGGCCCAGCUUUCCUGGUCUAAUUUUCUCCCGAGAUGACGUCAAAUGACGCGUUUGACGUCAUCUCGGGAGAACUUUGCUUGCCUGCUGGAAGGGCCGAGGACUACAAACCACUUGUUCACUUGUUCUGAACAAAUUUGCAAUGUGAAACAGCCAAAGGGGAUUUUGAAAAUAUAUUGUUGGAUUCGGACAUUCAGGGCUAUUAGUACAGGUCAAAAUACAGCCAGGAAGAAUAGACACAAAUAGAGCGGGAGGCUGCUGCGGCUGCAGCUCAAAAAGCCUUGUCUGUUGCCCAGGACGAGGAGCUGGAGCGCGCCGGUUUGCUCUGUUCAGUGUGCUGCAGAUCUGGAAGUGUUCGCUGUUCCCCUAGCCAAUAACAUGGAAGCCUGGAUGUAGUUGUGAGAAUUAACUGGAAUUUCCGGCUGUAAAAUAAGCAAAGAUGUAGGCUAUGUGUAUUUAUUUGAAAUAAGGGGGAGCUCGCGUACGAGAUGUAAACACAAUGUCCGCCAUGUUUCUUCACCGCUUAGCUAGAGAACAAAUUUGCAAUGUGAAACAGCCAAAGUGGAUUUUGAAAAUAUGUUGUUGGAUUCGGACAUUCAGGGCUAUUAGUACAGGUCAAAAUACAGCCAGGAAGAAUAGACACAAAUAGAGCGGGAGGCUGCUGCGGCUGCAGCUCAACAAGAAUUGUCUGUUGCCCAGGACGAGGAGCCGGAGCGCGCCGGUUUGCUCUGUUCAGUGUGCUGCAGCGAAUUUCAGCGAUGCCGGUUUCUUCUAGAAUAAAUUUCUGAAUCUGGCGAAGACGGGGCCAUGUGUGUAACCUCUCACCCAGGCUUUACGCCUCAUCUGAACAGUUGGGUUUUGGAUCCAUAUUUCCGGACCCAGUAAGUUGAACGCCUGAUCCGGACCCUGAACUGGAAAGGCCAGCCAAAGCCCGUCGGGAGAAAUAGACGUCUAAGCAUAGAGUACGUGUUUUUUUUUUUUACUAACAGAUUGGCUACAAUAGUUUUGAGUUCCGGGGAACGUGACAAUGUAGUUGUCCGAAAGUAGCCGAUCUUAUUGGCAGAGCAUAGGCUACGUUACGUUAGCUUGAAGUCUGUGUAAUGCUGUAUAGGCUACCCAAGGCAUAAUUUAUCUUGCUUUGCUAAUGUUGUUCUCUUUCUUUCAGUAUCGGCUUCCUGUGUUGUCCAGGCCAUCAGAGCUAAUUACCCAGCACAAGAUGGGCAGUACCUUGGCUACCAGGAGACAGUAGAUGCUCAAGGUGAGCUGUGAAUAUUUUGACUAGCAAACGCAGCCUACACGUUUUAUUUUUGUAAAUAGUUCAGGAUCUUUUUUUUUUUUUAUGAAUAAAUCUUCAAAUUCAUGUUGGUUGUUGUGAUUUGUUUACUAACCCAAGUGCUGUUAUACUAAAGUAGGCCUACUGUAUAAGAUAAACACUUAUUUCAACUGGGGAGAAAAGGUACAAAUACUUGAUAUGCUGAGCUACUGUAAAUAGCAAAUGUUUUUAUGCUGUACAGUAAUAUACAAAUGAUGCGUUUGAGAAAGACGAGGGCAGAAGUCUCAACUAGUCAACGUAUCACGGGGAUAUGUUUAUGUGACCUUGGUUACAAUGUUCUGCUGCUUUUUAAUGAACUUCACAGAGACAGGUUGGGUGGAGCACUGGACUGGUUUACUGGCUGUAACAUGGGACAAACACACAACCAGUGUGCACAUAUAAAUAGCUAGCCUUAGUCGGUUCCCACUCAAACUAUAAAAGAGAAGCCCCGUAUUAGUGCGCACAUGUCACGUACACGUCGUGCUUAAGGACUCUUCAAACAUUACGGCAACACAAACCAAUACAAUGUUUUACAAGCAUGUAACAUUAAAUGUUGAUUGAUUUUAAACAUCUUAUUAUACGUGGUUUGCAUUAAUAACUUAAUUUAUGUCCAAGUGGUCAGUACGGCAACUUACCACAGCGUAAGCUCGAUUGCUUCUGAGCAAUUUACAAAUCACCCAGCAUUAAGUCAAACACAAGCUUCUGCUGUAGACUUUCAAAUUAAAAUAUAAAACGUUGGUUGGAGUCCCAAGUUUGACAGGAAUUUAACAAAUAAAACAAAGUCAUUAUUUACACUGUUACAUUUACACAAAGUUUGCUCGCACUACCACUCGCGCUAGGACCAUGGGUCCUUCCCCCUCCAAACUGAAACAGGCGGGCGGUGCAGCGAGCGCAAUGCACUGCGGUAGUUGGAGGAUUUCUUGCUUUUGAGCAAGAGAGACACUUUCUGCCUUUAAUCAGGCUAGGAUGAACCGAUUAAAAAAAUAAUUGCCCAUUUAUAAUACAUAAAAUGAUUUACUUCAUAUAACCUUCAUAUCUCCACUGGUGAAGUAUCCCUUUAACCUAUCAAAAUUAGGUUUUCAUUUUAAGGACACGCAAUAUUUGUAUCGCCACUAGAUGGAGCAGUGCUCCCAUUCGUAGAACUGCAUUGCACAAGAGGCCGAGCAUGCAGCAACUGGAACUGGACUGCCUUAGGCAAUGGAAGAGGCCAAAGAAACCAAGCUUCAUGCAUGGGAUGGACUAGCCCGUUUCCGCACAUCUGGAAAACAAGCGCAUCGCUGAGUGCUGUUUAUUCAGACUGACUGAUGUAGGCCUUCGUUUGCCACUAGCGACUGGUGUUAAUGAUUGUGACCACCAUUGGUACACGAGAUACUGUAGUUAUUAAUGAGGAUAAGUAAUAGAAGUCAUGCCUGUAGCACCCAUUAAAAAGCUGCAUAUGCGGCCUCCUGCCUUCCCCAUCUAAUAAAUAAUGCGUAAACACACGCUGGUAGUACGGCA